AUGAUUCGUAAAGUUGUGUCAAGUGUAGUUGUAAAUGUCAACCGCACAUCAUGUAGAAAUAUUUGUCUAUUAUAUAAUAAUUCUGUUCGAACUAUAUUUACAAGUGCCGGUAUCGGUAUUGAUAAUUUUAAACAAAGUAGAGAAAAGCAUGCAACAAGUUAUGCACCAUCGAUUGAAGAAUUUAAAAAACAUUUUAUAAAAUCAAUUCAAAAUCCAGAAGCAAAAAUAUUCACUGAAGAUCUUAGAAAUAUGAUUAUGUCAGCUGGUACUGACGAUGAAAUCGAUGCUGUUGUUCAAGCACUAAGAAAAUACACUUCGAAAAAGCAGUUGUUUAGUGAUCAUUUUGGUCCUCACAUUAUGCGACUACUCUAUAUUUACAAUAAAACUGACUAUGCCUUACAACUUUAUAUGGACGAAAACUUAGGAGAAACGUUUAAUGAUUCAGUAUCUACCCUUGUACUAAUGAAUAAAUUACUUGAAGAAAAACGAGUUGACGAUUGUGUUAAAGUAUUUGAACAUGGCAUUAAACAAGGAUUUAUCAUACAAUCGGGAAAACCAUAUCCACAAGAUGUUAUCAUGUUAGGAAUUGAAGCACUCUACAAACAAGCCAUAUGUCUCGCUGAUAUGGGCCGUGUUGACGAAGCAAUGAAUCUCAUUGAAGUUAUUACUCCCCGAUCGGAUAACAGAUCUGGUGAUCUACGAAAACUUUUUCCAUUAACAAUGCAUCAUAUACGUUUAGCAGCUGAAAAGUCGAAAGAUGCUCAAACGAUGAGUAAACUUGAAGAUUUGUCAAAAUAUGUUUUAUCAAACCAAUGGUUGAGUCAAAUCGAUUUCCCUGAAUAUAUUAAUGAGCCAAUGGGACGUCGUUUUCUAUUUAAACAAUCACAAACAUCAUAUCAACAUCAACAGCAGAGACCGCCAUUUGUUUCAGCUUAUAGACAACAGUAUGGAAAUAGAAGAGAUUUUGAUGGACAACCGCAACCAUUGAAUAAUAAUCGAAGAGGUGUAUUUGGACAACAUCAACAAGGCGGAUUUGCAUUUAACCGGAGUUUCGGAGGUGGUUUUCAACCACGACAAGAAUAUGGAAAUGAAAACAGAGACGAUUUUGAAUUGCGAAGUCAAAAAGAUAAUAGAAUGAAUAGUAGAAGUUAUCAGCGAGAUAUAAGAGAUAAUUACAGCCGCGGAUCAUCUCAGCGACGAUAUUCUGAUCGCGAGCAACAAUUCGAUGAUAAUGAUGGAGAAAGAAGAGAAGGAAAAGUGGCUAUGGGAAUGAAUCAACGUGCUAAUUCAACAUCUCAAACAAGUGAAAGAGGUUCUCGACAACCACUAGACUUUGGCAGUCGACCAGAUCAAAUAAGACGUAAUUUAGCAUUACGAUCAUCCAGUAGAAGAGCUGGGCAAACAUCAACUCCUACAUCACUUGAACUUGGUCCUAGUACAACAUCAUCAAUUCCCACCGCUCAAAAAUCGAGUGUUUUAGUCAACAGUCGAAAGUCAAUCGUGAGUAAUGAAGACGAUCAAAACGAAGUUGAUGAUGGAUUUGAACCAGCACCUGUCACCAACCAACAAGAAACGAGAAAACCACAAACUGAUAGAAUGGCUACAGCCCGCUGA